UCGCCGGCUCACAUCAGAGGAGGACACAGCGAGGACAGAGCGCACGAGGACGGACACGCGGAGACACACAGAGGGAGGGACCGUCCGUCCACGCAGAGACACGCACAGAGUGGAUUAACUGGUGUUCUUAUUGAUUCUGAGUGGUUGAUAAAUGAAGGAGAGACGCUCCGCUUCUGCCGCCGCCGCCGCCGCCUCCUCCUCCUCCUCCUCCUCCUCCAUGGAUCCCGGGGAGAGCGUGAAGUGUAAGAUCGUGGUGGUGGGAGACAGUCAGUGCGGGAAAACCGCGCUGCUUCACGUGUUCGCCAAGGACUGCUUCCCCGAGAGCUAUGUCCCCACGGUGUUUGAAAACUACACGGCCAGUUUUGAGAUUGACACGCAGCGGAUCGAGCUCAGUCUGUGGGACACUUCAGGGUCUCCGUACUACGAUAACGUGAGGCCUCUGUCCUACCCCGACUCUGACGCCGUCCUCAUCUGCUUCGACAUCAGCCGUCCUGAAACUCUGGACAGCGUGCUGAAGAAGUGGAAAGGUGAGAUCCAGGAGUUUUGUCCCAGCACUAAGAUGCUGUUGGUCGGCUGUAAAUCUGACUUGCGCACCGACUUGAACACACUGGUGGAACUUUCUAACCACAGACAGACGCCCGUCUCGUACGACCAGGGUUCCAGCAUGGCCAAGCAGAUCUCGGCGCCGUACAUCGAGUGCUCGGCUCAGCAGUCGGAGAACAGCGUCAGAGACAUUUUCCACGUGGCCACGCUGGCCUGCAUCAACAAGAACCACAAAAAUGUCAAGCGCAGUAAGACCACGCGCACCAACAAGAGGAUCUCACACAUGCCCGGGCGGCCCGACCUAGCCGCCGUGGCCUCGGACCUGCGCAAGGACAAAGCCAAGAGUUGCUGUGUCAUGUGACUAAUCAGACUGCAGAGGAGGAGGACGAGGAGGACGAGGAGGAGGAGGAUGGAGCACGGUGACGGCAGGAAACCAUGGGGCGGCGCUCUUUCCUGCAUGCUCAAGGCCCUGUGUUUGUGUGGAAAGGGCUUUUGUAAGCUUCACUUCAUGUCCGUGUUUCUGGAAUACUCCGCAAACAAUAAAAACUCAACGCAAAGUAGCAUCCCGACCCCCCGCCCCGUCAGAGAGGAAGCUAUCUGUCACUGAACUACCUGCCUCCAGGAAGUGACCCACUUCCUGCGGGACAAAGCGGUCGAGGCUUUCCACGCUGAGCAGGACGGAAAUGAGCAAACGGGAGUGAUGUCAUGAGGAGACACUUGUGUUUGUAAAGGAGCUUUUUUUAUUUUUUUUUUUCUGAGUGGGAACCAAAGUCUGGGACGAGGACAUUCAAAGCCUUAGGGACAAAAAACAGGAGCUGCUUUUGUUCGUGUUGAAUCAAAGAGUCUGUGCUCUCUUUCAGGCUGAAACUGGAACACGUCAUUGUGCUUUGAACUGAUUCACUUCUGCUCCUGUAGUAACUCUCUGUGUGUGUGUGUGUGUGUGUGUGUGUGUGCGUGCACAGUGGAAACCUGAUGCUGUGUGUGUGUGUGUGUGUGUGUGUGUCGGUAUAAUGUGAAGUCGUCGGUGUGUAACUGCAUCACUGUUUAAUUUUCGCUGAUCACACUGAGAGUCUAUGAAUCCUGUUCAUGCUCAAAAACAGUGUUUUUAAAAAGGAGAAAACAGUCAAGUAAAAGAAAAGAGCUGUCACUCACUUUCCCCCGGCACAUUCUAACCAGGGUGUGGAAAUGGCUGUUAGCUCAUCUCUUCAUUAAGACUCAGUCACAUACGUCACUGCAGUUCAAAGGAAGCGCUUUAAAGUUGUCAACGGCAUUUAGAGUGGAAGAUGACAAACUAUUGAGAGAAAGAGUUGACAUUUAAUUUGCCGUAAACUACAUUCAACAAAACUGAAAGCUGACAACAACUAAUGCUGCAUUAUUUGUCACUGAAGCCACAGAACCACGUGUUGGUUCAUAAUGGAGGAAAAUGUUUGUAGCACUUUGGUGCUUUUGAUGCUCACGAGGGACAUGAACGCACACUAAAAUAGCACAAAUGGGAUCUCGCGGUGCGUACAUUUGGGAGCUCAAAACAAAAGACAGCUAGCUACGUAAACGUAUCGCUGUUUUAAUAAAACAAAGAGUAAGUGGUUCUUAAUUUACGUGAAACACGUUCCACACUAUGUAAGUAAAAACCUGCUAGCUUUACUACAUUCACAGUAAAGUGGGACUCGAGUAAUGCUAACACUUAGCUAGCAUGUUCAGCUCCUGACGUAGCUUCAUUCCUGAGAACAAAAUGGCUGCCUGUUGUUAGCAGUUAGCUUGUUGUUAGCUGCUUUUGUGACUGAGUCUUAACUCAAACUGUUUUUCCUUUCGUUAAUCGUUGUUUUUUUUAAUUUAAAAUAUGUUUUAACUUCUAUGGUGCAAUUACGACGCUGUUCAAAUAUCAAAGUUAUUGAUGCACUUUUUUUGAAACGUAACUUCCCCCCGUAGCUUAUUCCAAUGCCACGUUUGGCCCCAAAUGUUUUUUAUUUUCUGAUUUUCUCCACGUGUCGUUGUCUCUCUAACGUGUACAUGAUCAUGUUUUCUCUUGAAUGUCGAGAUCGCCUUCACCAUGUCUUUGCCAAUGUUGUCGCCACAGUAUUUAUUGAAUUUUAUUUUCCCCUCUAGAAUAAAAACGCAAAUGGAAACAA